CUGCUUAGCAGUAAGCGUUUCUGUCCCUUGUUGUGCGUCUGUGUGCAGGCUCUCGCUGAUGAGUUUCUGGAGGGCUCUCUGCCAUUGGACUUCUUCCUGGAUCGCUUUCUCUCCCUGCGCUCCCUCGCUCACAAAAGACGAGUGCGGAUAGAGAAACUCCAGGAGAUCCUACGACAGAGGAGCGAUGGCAAUCCCAACGCCAUGACCUCCUCAAUAGGCAUCAACCAAGACCCCGUUGCCAAACCUUCCCCAUGGAAUCAACAGACAACUACGGCAACAACAUCAAAUCCGCAGCAGCCAAACUCCAAACCUCAGUCCUCCAGCUACCAGAACGCCUCGCAGCCUGCCUCCUCGUCUGCAGGGGGCGCUGCUGGCCUCCCCUACAGUCCCUACCCUGUCUCCCAACCCAACCCUCCCCCUGCGGCAGCAUCAGGCUCCGGCCCAGCCAACCCCCCAUCGCAGUUCCCUCCGUACCCAGGUUGUGGUUCACCUUUCACCCCUGCGGGGAGCUUCUCUGGCCCCAGGCCUGCAUUUGGGCCUCCGGAUCCAGCUGCUUGCCCUUACCCCACCCAGCCCUCCUUCCCUGCCCCACACCCAGGCUCAGCAUUUGGCCAGUACACCCCCAGCCACUCUCAUGUUGGCCCCGCACCCUACCCGGCCUCCUACAGCUAUGGGGGCUACAGCUACCCCGCCGGGCCCCCGUAUUCCAAUUCUCAGUCCCCCACAGGGAGACCCAUCUACAGACCAGGAUAUGGAGUUCCACAGCCAUACUCAUGAAAGCACUACUGCUCUUCUGUCUCAAUUCUUCCUCUAUUUUGCUAUCUCACCUCUUUGUCCUCUUCUCCCCCUUAAUCCCAGUUUCCUCUCCUCCUCUUGUCUUUUACCUUCUCUCUCCCCUCCUCUCUGCCAUGCUGAGAGAGGUCUCUGACUUUACUUAUCUCUGUUGCACUAUUUCUCUCCUACAUAUACGUUUGUUGAUCUCUCCAUCUCUCUCCCUUUCCUUUUCACUCCCUCUGUCACCCUUAUGACUCCCCCACACUAGUCUCAGGUUGUUGCGUUGUGUUAAAGUGUUAAAACACUUGUAUCUGGCCCUCUCUACAUCGCCCCCUCUCUACUCUUCCAUUCCUUGUGCGUGUGUGUGUUGCUAUUUGGCAAUCAGAAAGUCCUUAUAAACACACAAGUGCAUUCCCUUUUUGUAACACCACAUCUGUGUCCGCUCAGAAUCUGUCUGCUUCACAUUGUUAUUCAUGAGCACAGUCUGCAUUGAGAAAAGACUCGAAUAGAACAUUUAUGUCCUUGGGCUUAUGAAAUGCAAUUAAAUUGGCAAAGGGAUGGCUGUCACAAAGAUGUCUCUUGUAUUAAGUUUAUUUAAGAUUAAACAUAUGCUUGCUCUAUUCCAACCUAUUACAUACAAUAAACCUAAAUGUGGGAGGUGUAUUUGAUAUAUGCAUAAUCACCUGUGGGCAGAGGGACCACCAGUAUAUCCGGUCACCCUUUAUUUCCGUCAACCAAAGAACCAUGUGACGAUGAUAGUGCUUCAAUUUGUUUUCAUUUCUCUUAUUUAUUGUUAACGUCAGAAGAGUAAGUUGGCUCCAACACUUUGUCCUCUCGUCCGUGAUAAGCCUGGCGCAGCAGGAAGUGGCGAGGCCAAGUGACUAGCAAGGCUUGUUGCUAAACUAGUGUAGCUGGCUAGCUAACCACUGACACACUAGCCAAGGUGAACAUGAGAUUGAGCGGAAGCUUCUUUCCUGUUUUAUGUACUGGUUUACUCCCUCUGGUAUUUGUUCUCAGAAUGGUUUAUCAUUUCAUUUAAAUACGAGUUUCUGAAGAGGGGGAAAAGCUCUCCAGUCUAACAAGCUCUUUAGAUAUUUUCUGAGGUCAGUUUUCUGUCCUGGGUUAGGAUCAAUAGCAGGUAAUAAAUGUCUCUUAGUAAGCCUCAUAUCAGUCUGGUGCCAGGGCCACAAAAGCCAAGCAGCCCCUGCAACACUUCACUUUUGGAAAUGACCCAAAGCCCAUUUAAAACCACCUGGAGUAAGUGAAAGCUUGUUAGCUGUAACAACUUUGAUAAAUGAUCAUUUUGUAUAGAUGAUAUUACGAUGGUGUGAACAGCUCCCUGUUGAGCUCUAUGGUCCUAUGAUCCGAUGUUAUAAAAUCAUGAGAGCAGCAAAAAUAAAUGAAUAUGUUUAACAAACAUCUCCUUCCUGUGUAUAUGGGGAACGUAUUCUUUAAGUCUUUCCUCAAGUUCUGUCUGCAUGUUGGACCCAAACUGGACAGGUAACUGGACAUAGAGGCAGCUAUCAUAUUCAGCUUUGGUUAGCUGUCCUUGUCAUGUCUUACAUUUGUAGUUUCAUGUAUGUCGUUUAUUCCACAACAAUUACAAAUAGCUAGCAAGACAAGGCAACAGUACAGUACUACCAAGUGUUUGAAAGACAUUUCAAUAACCGGAAGGCAGAUGUUUGCUAUACCAUAAAUGAACUAUCUAAUUUAAGCGACAAACGUUAGCUACAGUUUGUACACAUGUCCAACAAAUAUAAAUAAAUACAAAGUCUGCGAAAUGAUGUGUUUCAGAGUUUCAAAGCUCUUCCCACGUUAAAAUGCUUAGGUUACCACAUGUUUUAUGGGGCCUGUUGGAAUCGGACCAUUCCCAGCAAAAUAUAGAUUUAGGUUUAGAUUAGCCUGUCACAUAAGAUUAAGAUUAGUGCUCAGAGCGAUUGAUGGAGCGAGUGAAGAGCUCACCCUAAUGUGGACAGUGACCGAGCGUCUGUCUGCAGACCCAGCCUCAUCCCUCUCCUCUCCAUCCCUCUCCUCUCCACAUCUGCUUGUUGAAUAUGACCUGAUUCUUGACAAUGAUUACAAAGGGAAUAUUGUUUUAUUUCUAUGAGUCCUCACUAUCAGUGACUAUACAUGUGCUGUGUAUAGUUUAAUAGAGUAUAAUAUAAAGAUUGGCAAUGGGUCUGUGCCAAUUUAAUCCGUACAGAUAAUUCAGGGGUCAAGUACCGUCUCUAAUAUUGUAAAGCACUUUAUAUCUUUAACAUCUCUUAGCUACUUCAGAACACAAACACUAUCCUUCUCAUAUUUUUGUAGCCCCCCCCAAAAGAGCAUGUAUGUCCCCAAAAUUCGACCCAGCUUUUAAACAUCAGAGAAGUAGGACAAAAGUAAGGAUUCAGGGCUGCUGCCACCAUAUCAGGAUGUUUGUCUCGCUCAAAUGCCAUCAUUGCUGCAAACACAUGUUGGACAUUAAUCCACUCUGCUUCCUGAAUGGACAGAACUCAUCACAUUUUGUGUGAGGAGGGACUUUUACCUGUAGAGGUUAUUUAUUGGAGCCGUACAGCCUCUGUUAAUGUGGCCCACAUCAACACCAAGAAGACGGUUAUUAUUUAAGUCAGGUAUUAUUAUUUAUAACCUUGUUUUGAGUUUCCUGGCUUCAGUUGUUCAUUAUCAUCCAAAAUCCGUGUGUGUGUGUGUGUGUGUGUGUGUGUGUGUGUGUGUGUGUGUGUGUGUGUGUGUGUGUGUGUGUGUGUGUGUGUGUGUGUGUGUGUGUGUGUGUAUCAUGUCCACAGAUCUCAGCAGCAUUCGUGUCCCUUAUCAUAUCUGAUAGAAAAGGUGCUUUUAAAUCCUUUCUCCUUUCAGUGCUCAGAGAUAUGCACUUGAGAAUGUUUCGCGCAACUACCACCAGUCAGAUUGAUUGAUCUUUGACUGACGUGAUAGACAAAGCAAAGAAUAGGCAUGUGUUUAGCAGAAGUGAAAGAGAGAAAUGGUGGGUCAUAGGCCUGGACUUGUUCAACAGGAAGUGUUGUAGCAUAAAGGCUGUGAUACAUGUGCAAGAGUUUGAUGUCGUUCUGACAGUCUAAGAGAAAUACAUCCAAUCAACAAAGGCUGUAA